AUGUCAUUUAAAGUCAAUCAGGAAAUCGCGGUUUGUGGUGGGAAAGUGCUGAAAUUGUCACAUUUCUCGCAAAUUAUUGGCGCAUCUAUGGACGUCAACGUUUACUUACCCAAGCAAUAUUAUUCUAAGACAGUAAGAAAGUUGAUUCCAGUAAUUUACUAUCUCUCAGGGUUGACGUGCUCUCCUCAAAAUGCUUCUGAGAAGGCUUUUUGGCAAAUUCAGUCUGACAAUUACGGAUUCGCAAUGGUCUUUCCAGACACUUCUCCUCGUGGAGAUGAUGUGCCUGAUGACCCUGAGAAGGCUUGGGAUUUCGGAAUCGGAGCUGGAUUCUAUUUGAAUGCAACUCAGGAGCCUUAUAAAAAACACUAUCAAAUGUAUGACUAUAUUCACAAGGAACUUCCCACCUCGUUGGAUGAAUAUUUUGGCAAAGAUUCGAAUUUGGAUUUCCUUGAUAAUGUUGGCAUCACUGGACACUCAAUGGGUGGUUAUGGCUCCCUGACUGGUUUCUUGAAGAAUUACGAUGCUAACAGAUACAAAUCUUGUUCUGCUUUUGCGCCAAUUGUUAAUCCUUCAAAGGUUCCCUGGGGUCAAAAGGCAUUUUCUGGUUACUUGGGAUCUGAAAACGCAGAACUUUGGUCUCAGUAUGAUCCCUCUGAACUGGUGAAAAAGGUCAUCAAUAAAGGCAAUGACAAGAUUUUAAUUCAUCAAGGCACCAAAGAUCCUUUUCUGCAAACCAAUUUGAGACCAGAAUUAUUAUUGGAGGCUACUAAAGGUACUUCUUGGGAGGGAAAAAUUGAGGUAAAAAUGGUCGACGGGUUUGACCAUUCUUAUUACUUCAUUAGCACUUUUGUUCCGGAACAUGCCACCUUCCAUGCUAAAAACCUUGGAUUAAUCUAA